UUCGCCGGCUGUGUGGGGGAUGGUUCCGCCGGCCUGCAGGACUCCCAGCUUUGCGGCGGGAUGCUGUGUUUGCGUCUUUUGGUGGCUGGCGUGCUGACGGCGGGCCUCGGACACGGUUUCAAGGCCGCGGUCUACGAGCACGUUCUCCAGGGUGACCGCGAGAAGGACCCCUUCGAAGAGGUCGUCGCCAAGAACCUGGAAAGCUACGGCCAGGCCGUGCUCGAAGCCGCCGCACAGGGAUGCGACAUCAUCGUGUUCCCGGAGAAGGGCCUGAUGGUCGGCCUGGAGACAAGUCGGGACAAGCUCACGCAGCACGCCGAGGACAUUCCGGGCCCUGGAACGCUGCCUUGCCUCGACGGAGAGGAAAGCAGGCCCCUGCUGUCCAAGCUAAGCUGCAUGGCGAGGGCCAACCGAAUCUACCUGGUGGUGAAUGUGUACGACCAGAAGCCCUGCCCGGAGGGCAGCACUUCUUGUCCGUCGGACAACCGCCUCUUCUAUAACACUAACGUGGCUUUCGACCGGACAGGAACCAUCGUUGCCAGGUACCACAAGAACCAUCUUUUUCUCGAGCCUCCGUUGAACGUGCCGGAGCCUUUCGAGACGGCGGUGUUCGAGACCGACUUUGGCGAGCGGGCGGGCAUGUUCAUCUGCUAUGACAUCCUAUAUGCCGAGGCCUCGGAGCUGGUGACGCGACACAACAUCAGCCUGGCCCUGAUGAGCACCUUCUGGUUCGACUUCUUGCCGGGUCUGUACUCGGUGGCUGUGCAGCAGGCCUGGUCGCUGCGUCACGGCGUGCCGCUCUUGUCGGCCGGCGUCCAGCGUCCCGAAACGGGGACCAUGGGCAGCGGCAUCUACGCUGGCGCCUCGGGACCCCUGGUGUACAGCCACAGCCCGGACGGAAGGUCCAAGCUGCUCGUCGCGGACAUGGACGCCGCCCCACCCGAAGACCCGAGGUACGCAGGAGACACACAGAGCACCGAUGGCCUUUCCUACCUGAAUUUGCGCACUGACGGCUACGUUGUGAGAAAGCUACCGGGUGCAAGCGGGGAGAUGAACGUGUGCAACGGGGACUUCUGCUGCCACUUGUCGUACGAGAGCCCUAACUUCCAGGAUCCCUUCUUCCUGCUGGUCGUGAACGGCCAGACGCAGUUCAUUCCGGCGGAGGCGUGCGUGCUAACCGUGUGCCAUCCGGGGAACGAUCAGCAGCCCUGUGCCGUGUUCCCGACCCGGUCGCGGACCAGGUUCACGAGGCUCCUCCUGAAGGCCCGGUACUCCUCGCCGCACCUGUUUCCCAUGGUGGCGUCCGACGAGCUCAUCCUGACGCCCGUGCGUUACUGGACCUUCGAGACGUCCGCCGUGAACAACACCACGUCGUUCGCCAUCGACGAGCGCGACCCGCCCGCAGAGCCGAUCCUGCAUGUCUUCCUCGUGGCCUUCGCGUACCAGGACGACCCGACGACCAGGCAGGAACACAUCGCCAGUGCGCUCCGUCGCCAUCAGCGUUCCCGGGUCAAGUCGCGGGUGUCGGACGUGUCCCGCGAAGGAGUGUGUCCCACCGGGAGGGACGUGUGUGCCUUGGACGAGGGUCCACGGAAUGGUACAAUGAGUGUGACGAAGCGCCCCCGACGUCCACGUAGAUUGCCUUAGUGAUUCUAAAGCCGCGGUUCCACUGCUCAUACCAUCACACAAAACGCAAUCUCCAGACAGUGUCUGAAGCGUGUUUCGUUCUUGUACGGCGGUC